GGUCAUUAUCAAAUUAACCUCUUCACUAAAUUAGAAGAGAGAAGCUCCAAAAGCUUUCUCUCCCAAUCUCCAAUUCGUACAACCGGAGCGAUGGAAAUUGACGAUGGAGAUCGCAAUUCCGGUGAGCGGCCGAUCAUCAUGGUCACAAACGACGACGGUAUCGACGCGCCUGGCUUGCGUUCACUCGUUAGCGUCCUCGUCUCCACCAAUCUCUACGACGUCCGCGUCUGCGCUCCUGAUUCGGAGAAAUCUGCUGUUAGUCACAGUAUAAUAUGGAAUAGACCACUUACUGCAAAACGUGUAGAUAUUGAUGGAGCUACAGCCUAUGCUGUUGAUGGAACCCCUGCGGACUGCACUGGUUUAGGCUUAUCUGAAGCACUCUUCCCUUCUCGUCCUGACCUGGUGCUUAGUGGUAUAAAUGUGGGUAGCAACUGCGGAUAUCACAUCGUCUAUUCUGGAACUGUUGCUGGCGCUCGUGAAGCCUUCAUUUAUGAUGUGCCUUCUGCUUCCAUAUCUUAUGAUUUUGAUUGGAAACGUGGAGAGAUGAAUGCUAAUGAUUUUGUCCUUUCUGCCCAAGCUUGCUUGCCUAUUAUCAACGGCAUAAUCACUGCGAUCAAGAACAAAACUCACCCUGUGAAAUGCUUUCUGAAUAUCGAUUUGCCGACUGAUAUUGCUAACCAUAAGGGAUACAAACUAACUAGGCAAGGUAAAAGCAUGAAUAAAAUGGGAUGGAGACAAGUCGAAGAGGAAGCACAAGGGCCUAAGAUGUUAUCAACAAUGACAAUGGAAACAGAGUCGGGAGUGGUCUCAUCAGACAACGACGCAUCUGUUCAUUCAAAAGAUAGCCGUUUAUUCAAGAGAGAGGUAAGGGAUAGGGUAAAUGAAGAAGGGACUGAUUCUCACUUCCUAAAAGAAGGAUUUAUUACGGUGACACCACUUGGAGCUCUCUCUCAGACUGAUGUGGAUUGCCAAAAUUACUACAAAGAAUGGAUUCCCAAGAUUACAAACCAGUCAUGUUCCUCACCCCUCUGAUGACACAACAUGAAAAAGAAAAGAAAAAAAACUCAAGUUACCCAUUGUGAACCACACCACAAUUUGUGGUAGACCUAUUAUUAUAUCAGUUCUAGUUGUUUAGUUAUCCAAUAAUCUGAGUUAUUUAUGUUGUCAGCAGCAAAGUCUUUGUUGUUCUUCGUCCAUGUUGGAACAUCAAGGAUUUGGCAAACACUAUUUCAGUAUUUUAGACUUUCUAUUUUAGAAAACAUAAGAUAUAAAAGUGCCUUCAAAAUGAAAUC